AUGGCGUGCGCCGACGAGCCUCCGUUCGGCGACGGUCGCGUACAGCUCGUGAGCCUGGUCAACGCAGCGAUCGCGGCGGCGGCAUACAUACUGCACUACGAGAGCUUCAGGAUCACCGCCGGCGUCAUGGACCACUGGUGCAGCCGACCCGAGGAAUUCGCCAACCUCAGCGUCAAGCAGUGGAAGGAGCUGGCCAUUCCCGUCGAGGAGGACGGCGUCUACAGCCGCUGCACCAGGCGCGAGACGCCUUUUGGUGGCGCGAACAACCGAGUCGUUCCGUGCACUUCGUGGGAGUUCGAUCUGGACAAGUACGGGAACAACAUAGUCAGCGAGUGGGCGCUGGUCUGCGACCGAGCGUGGCUCAUCACGCUAGCCAGGCUCGUCUACGCCGCCGCCUGCAUCGUCUCCACGCCGCUGGUGUCCAGGCUCGCAGACCGCGUUGGUCGCAAGCUGGUCGUUUUCACCAUGAUUCCGGUUGUGCUCAUCACGGGCGUCUCCAGCAGCCUCCCGAACAACUUCCAGUUUUUCGUCAUCGUCCGCGCCGCCGUGUCGGCGGCGACGAGCAGCACACUGCCGCCGGUGCUCGCGAUCCUCUGGGAAGUGAGCCCGCCGCACAAGGCGCCCUUGUACUGCGUCGUCUCCAUUCUGGUCACGCUGGUCGUCGCCGACAGCGUGGUGUCGGCCGCGGAAGCGCUCAAGACCGGCUGGGCCACGCUUCAGCUCAUCCUCAUGGUGCCGACUUUCCUGCUUGUCGCGCUGUACUUCACCUUGGAGGACUCUCCCAAAUGGCUCGUGGCCACCGGCCGCGCGGGAGAAGCCGAACGCGUAUCGGUGAACCUGGCGAAGUCCAACGGAGUGACAACGACCCGCUGCCGCGAACUGUUCGCCCUGCAGCUCAGGACGCGGCCGCGCGAUGCGAACGGAGACCGUAGAACAGAGCAACGCCUGCAGCACUCGCCUCAGAAGCCCUACGCGCACGACAGCUACGUCACCAACGACGGAAUACCCGUGAGUGGCCCGGUAAAACUUAUCGCAUCUGCCACGUCCCUCGGCGUGUGCCUCUUGUUCACACGCUGGGUGGUUCAAUACGGCCCCAAACGCAGCGUCGUCGCCAACGGGCUCGUCUUCAGCGCCUCGUUGGCCGCCAUUACUGCCACUCCCGCGGACAAAGAGAUGGUCCGCAACGUCCUAAUCGUCCUCACGAAAGUGAGCGGCUACAGCACUCUCUUGAAUUUCAGCAUGCUGACACUCCAGCUGUACCCCGUCACUGCACAUUGCGUUGCCUUAGCCAUCGCGAUCGUCUCCAGCCGGGUGGGCGACACCUUAGGCACAGAUGAGCACCGCUCUCAUCGGGCCUGGGUGGCACACGGGAAGCGGCCUCGUCAUCGCCGCUCUGACUAUGGCGCUAUUCGUGAUAGCCGGCGAGUACCUUCCCGACGAGCACAGGAAGGGGGCUUCCCCCGUGCCUCCAAGUCGCAGGUGCAGCUCGGCUGGCGAAGAACUAAGGCGGGCUUUGCGGGAGAGUCUCCAGCCGCUGCACAUGAAACGCGCGAAGCAGGGUGA